UGUCUCCCUUUGGCUGCAAAAUACACAAUAAACACUGAAAGUAAAUUGAAACGUCGAUAACACUGAAAGGGUGUGCGACAUGAACUACAAAAAAUGAGCACUGGAUUCAGCGCUUUCAUUUACCUGCAAUGAAACACAUCAAUCCGUCAAAUCCAAGUUGUGUGAGUCGCUCCAAUAUAACGGUCGUUUAUGGCAUUCUCAUUUGCAGCAGCGAGCUGGCGGGUGUAACUAUAGUAAUGAGCUUCAGCGUCGCGCUGGCGCGUGUAACCAUAGUAACGAGCGUUUACGGCAGUCUUCCUCUACCGAGUCCGACCUGUGCUGUGACCAGUUUACCGUGCUUGCCUGUGAUAUCUUUGCUUCCAACAUGAUUUAGCGUUGCUUUAUAUGCUACAUAUUUUUGGCAUUGACUCUGAAACAACUUUUGAGUCACAUUAAUACUAUGCACAGUCGCAACCCUGACUUUCGCGUGGUGUGCGGGAUUGAUGGCUGUCCAAGUGAGUACAGGGUGUAUAACUCCUUCUACUAUCACGUGAAGCGUACACACGCACAGCAUCUUCUCCAAGUUGAAGCGGCGGAGGUAGAAAGACCGACUUGCCACGGUUUACCGGGAGCAGGUGAAAGGACAGUCACAAACGACCAAACCAAUGCAAGCCCUGUGGCUGAAGCGGAGAGCUCAAGCAUCUUAACUCCAGUGAGUGGAUUUGAAGAAGAUGGAGAUGGUCACAUGAAUGUUGACCUUUCUAAACAUGCAACUGCAUUUCUUCUUCAAGCCAGAGAAACCCAUCGACUGACACAGAGAGCUGUUAACCAAAUGGUGAGUGGAGUCCAGCAAUAUCAGGCCGCAUUACUGGAGCACCUCAAACAGCAAAUGAGUGACAUGAUUGAGAGACAUUCUGGGAACCUGGAUCAACUAAAGAGUGAUGCAAUGGGGAUAUUUGACCAGUUUGUUGACCCUUUCAGUCAAAUUGCUUCCACCCAUUUGCAGGAUAAGACCAUCAAAGAACUGUUAGAACCAGUUGAACCAGAGAUUGUUGUCACAAAACAAACAGUAUGUUAUGUGAAACAUGGAGACUCCAGAGUUCUUACCAUUAAGGACCACUGUUUUCAUUAUAUACCGUUGGUGAAAAGCUUGGAGCAGCUGCUAUCACAUCCAAGAAUUAUUGCAAUGAUUGAUGAGAGGCCACAGACAUGCAAGGAUGGAUUUUUUCAUGAUUUCAUUGAUGGAGACAUUUUUAAAUCGCACCCACUGUUUUUGAAAUUUCCCACAGCAUUGCAGUUGAUUUUAUAUACAGAUGAAAUUGAGCUAUGCAAUCCUCUUGGAUCUCGGGCAAACAAAAACAAAUUGUUAUUAAUUUAUUACACCUUAGGUAACAUCAACCCUAAAUACAGAUCAAGACUUGCUGCUUGCCAUGGUAAAAUCAAAAGAUCUUUCCCAUUGUGGUAUUGAUGAGAUGUUUGAGAGGAUUAACUGUGACUUAACUGAGCUGUGUGAUGGUGUCCAGGUUGUCACUGCAAAAGGUGAGAGGACAAUUUAUGGUGCACUUAUGUCUGUGUGCGGAGACACUCUAGCUCAGCAUGAAGUGGCUGGAUUUAAGAUAGGAGUGGGGUUUGGGGUUAUGACAACUUUGAAGACAUGCAGGAGCAAUUUAAUGAAGAUUUGUUUGUUAAAAGGACAAUGGCAAGUCAUAAAAGGCAAUGUAAUGACAUUGAAAAGGCAAAUACUGACUUUCUGAAAGACAAUCUAAAAAUGACAUAUGGCAUAAACAGGAGAAGCAAAUUAACAGAAUCUCCUCACUUUGACAUAAUCAGUCAAACCCCACAAGACAUGUCAUUCUUGAAGGUGUUGCCCCGUAUGAAAUCAAAUGUGUUUUAAAGCAUCUUGUGCUGUCAGGUCAUAUGGACUUGGACGCAUUCAACAGUGCAAUUAUUUGUUUCCCUUAUUCUCCUGUGGAUGCAAGGGAUAAGCCUUGCCCCAUAUCUGUCAAUACACUGUCAUCAAAUGACAAUAAAUUGAAACAGUCAGCUGGGCAAAUGCUGGUUUUGGUAAAGAUCCUGCCAUUUCUCAUUGACAGAAUUGGAGAAAAUGAUUACACACAAAUGCUACUCAAGUUGUUAAAGAUUGUCAAAAUUCUGUUUUCACCUAUUAUUGCUCUCUCAACUCUUUCAAGGCUGAAGCUUUUAAUAGAGCAACAUUUGAAACAUUUCAAACAACUGUUUCCAGAUGCAAAUAUUAUACCUAAACAGCAUUACUUGCUGCAUCUUCCCUCUCAGAUUAAGGCACUUGGGCCUACAGUGAGGCAUAUGUGUAUGCGUUUUGAGUCAAAGCAUUGCUUUUUUAAGCAGUGGGCUUUGAAAAGUAGUUUUAAAAAUAUCUGUAAGUCUCUUGUUAAACACAACCAACUUUAUGAAUGUAGUCAGAAUGUGCAUGAGAAACAUCCAAUUUGUUCAAGUGAAGUUGACAUGGGCCCAGCAUCUGAGGUGAAAAAUGUUCACUAUGUCGAAGGAAAGAUCAAAGACUUCUUAGGAAUAGAGCACGUUGAACACAUAGUUUCGGUACAGUGGAUUAUGCAACAUGGAAAUAAGUAUACAUGUGGAAAAUCUUUGGUUAUUUCUAAUGUCAUCAAUGAUAAUCCAGAGUUUGCCCUUGUGAAAAACAUUUAUAUUUUAAAUGCGUCAGUGUAUUGUUUUGAAUGCCAACCACUCUCUACAGUUGGGUGGAAUGAUCAUUAUUUAGCUUACGAGGUAGAAGUUCCCGACCUAGCUCAAGCAAAUAUUUUCAUGGAUGCUGAAAAGCUUGUUGAUUAUACACCAUACUACUAUGUAAACUUCAAUAAUAGCAAGUACAUUCCAUUGAAGUAUGAUCUCACAGACAUCAUCAAACAUCAUUCUUGAGUCUGUAUUGAGUGUACAGUUGGGCUGAUUUUUUUUAAGGACUGACAAACACUGUAAUUGAUGACAGCAUUUAUUUGUACUUAUUACUUGUUUAAUAAUGUGGUACAGUAUGUCUGUCUUUUUUUACAUAUCUAAUGGACAUGGUUUGCUGGAAAUGUAAUAGCCACACUGUACUGUGAGUUGCAAGCCCUGCAUGUUUUCAAUAAAGCAAAUUUGUAGUCUCAA